CGAGUGCAGUUCGAGUGGGCCCCGAGUCACGUGACUUUCAUGGCCGCUGCCAUGCCUGUGAUGUUUUGAAAAUAGCUCUCGUCUUUUUUGAGCUCUUUAAUCGUGAAAUUCAUCGUCGAGAAAAUGAUUUCUACGGUGAACAAAUUAAAAAAGGCUGGUAUGUCUUUGAGGCCUAUGGUUUCUUCCUCAACUGGACCCAGUAGUACCUCUCAAAUAUUGAAGUACAGAAACUACCAAACCAUGACUGGACAAUAUUACCGGCACCGAGGAAUACUAUCAAGACAUUCACCACUAAAUCGAUCAAUCCCAUUCCAAAAUCCAGCCAUUUAUCAAACCAGAAAUGUUGGAUUCAUGGUGGGACGAAUAAUCAGAGGAGUUCUCAAAAUUCGUUACUUGCUUAUCGGAGGAGCUGUUGGUGGGGGGAUUUCCCUCCAAAGGUCUUACGAAGAAUGGAGAGAUUCUUUGCCAGAUUCCAAAUGGAUAAAAGAUUUGUUCCCUUCUACAGAAAAAGUUGAUUCAUUUCGAGGGUCUUUAAUGGAUCUUUCGUCCAAAUUCAGAGACUCGCUUGAAGGCUUGGAUAUAGAUCCAAGACUGAAGGUGUUUGGAGAUCGUAAGAUCAGCGAAUUGAGGGCCUGGUUCGACAACAGGCUAGAAGACGCCAUUAAAGCAGCAGAGGAUGAAGGAAAAGAAGGGAAUGAUAAAGUCAUCACCCAAGGGAUCAACAAUGGACUGAACUUGUUCUAUCUUGCCAUAGAUAGCGUUUCCGAUGUGGCCUCUCCCGUUGUGCUCGCCGAGUCUUUCGUCACUCCUACUGGUGCAGAGAAACAUGCAGAAGAAAGACAGAAAGCAGAGAGUAUGCAGCAGAAGAUUGACAAAAUGCAGGAGGAAUUGAUGAAAGUGCAACUCAAGUACCAGAAAGAGUUGGAGAAGCUCGAGAGAGACAACAAAGAGUUACGCAAACAACUUCUACUUAAAGGUCACAGCGGGUCGACCAAUCGCAAAAUCAAGAAGUCUUUGAUUGACAUGUACAGCGAAGUCCUGGACGAACUAUGUGAUUACGAUGUAGGCUACAGUACCCAUGACCAUUUGCCACGUGUCGUUGUAGUAGGAGAUCAAAGUUCGGGCAAAACUUCGGUUCUGGAGAUGAUUGCCCAGGCUCGCAUCUUUCCUCGGGGUGCGGGCGAAAUGAUGACGCGAGCUCCAGUAAAGGUCACGCUUAGCGAAGGCCCUUAUCACAUUGCCCAGUUCAAGGAUUCUUCCCGCGAAUUCGACCUUUCUAAAGAAUCCGAUUUGUCCGAUUUGCGUAAAGAGGUCGAAUUGCGAAUGUUGAACAGCGUCAAACACGGGAAGACAGUGAGCUCGGAAGUUAUCUCCAUGACUGUCAAAGGUCCUGGACUUCAACGUAUGGUUCUGGUGGACUUGCCGGGCAUCAUUAGCACACAAACCACCGAAAUGGAGAGUGGUACGAGAGAAGCCAUCCGUCAAAUGACGCAAACUUACAUGUCGAACCCGAACGCCAUCAUCCUGUGCAUACAGGACGGUGCCGUUGAUGCUGAGCGGAGCAACGUCACAGAUUUGGUUGCACAAAUGGAUCCCCAAGGUAAACGAACAAUAUUUGUUCUCACCAAGGUGGAUUUGGCCGAAGAAAACCUAACCAAACCUGAUCGCAUUCGCAAAAUCUUGUCUGGGAAACUCUUUCCGAUGCGAGCUCUCGGAUAUUUUGCGGUUGUGACGGGACGCGGAAACAAAGAUGAUUCCAUCGCCACGAUCAAACAAUACGAAGAGAAUUUCUUCUCCACGUCGAAACUAUUUAACAGAGAAGGCCUGGUUCCGUCAACGCAAGUGACAACCAAAAAUUUGAGUUUAGCCGUUUCCGAAUGUUUUUGGAAAAUGGUCCGCGAGACUGUUGAGCAGCAAGCCGACGCUUUCAAAGCGACUCGUUUUAACUUGGAAACGGAAUGGAAAAAUAACUUUCCGAGGCUACGAGAAUUGGAUCGGAAUGAACUUUUUGAGAAAGCUCGUGGCGAGAUACUUGAUGAAGUAGUCAACCUUAGUCUAGUCUCGCCCAAAGAGUGGGAAGAAGCCUUGAUGAAGAAGCUGUGGGAGAAGGUAGCUACCCACGUUUUUGAAAACCUGUAUCUACCAGCUGCUCAGAGCAAUUCAUCAGGAACAUUCAACACGACGAUUGACAUCCGUCUAAAACAAUGGGCCGAUCAGCAACUACCCCGUAAAAGUGUCGAAUGCGCCUGGGAAACCCUCAAAGAAGAAUUCAAUCGGCUUGUGGAAAAGGCCAAAUUAUCGAAGGAUCACGACAACAUUUUCGACCAGCUUAAGGCUGCCGUAGUCGACGAAUCCAUGCGAAAGCACCAGUGGGAAGAUAAGGCGGCUGAAGUGUUGCGUGUUAUCCAACUCAACACGCUGGAAGACCGUUCAGUUCACGACAAACAACAAUGGGACUCUGCUGUUCAAUUUGUCGAGCGUUCCGUCAAAGAAAAGCUUCAAGUCACUGAAGAAAACCUCAAUAAUUUAGUCGGACCUAGUCGGACCCAGCAGUGGUUGCAAUGGACAAACGCGACAUCCGAACAAAAAGAGCACGCUGCUGUCAAGAACGAGUUGGAACGUCUUCUCUUUUCUGAAAGGAAUCACCCUCCUACUCUGUCGUAUGAAGAGUUGACAGCAGCCAGACGCAACAUGCAGACGAACGGGGUCGACGUGGACAACGAGUUCAUUCGCCAGACAUGGCACCAUGUUUACCGUCGCCAUUUCCUACGCAAAAGCCUUUCAAGAGCUUACGAGUGCCGUAAAGGCUUCUGGAUGUACCAUCAGGGACUGGAGAACGAGCAGGUGGUAGACUGCAACGACGUAGUGCUCUUUUGGAGGAUUCAACAGAUGUUGAAGGUCACGGCGAACGCUCUACGGCAGCAAAUCAUGAAUCGAGAGGCCCGUCGUUUCGAAAAAGAAAUUAAGGAGGUCUUAGAGGUCUAUUCUCAAGACCGGGAGAAAAAGGAGCAACUGCUGACUGGGCGGAGAGUACAGUUAGCCGAGGAAUUAAAAAGAGUGCGCCAGAUUCAAGAGAAACUGGAGGAGUUUAUAAAGUCACUGAACGCCGAAAAGUGAUCAACAACUUAUUUAACUCGGUGGUAUAUCUUUACGUGCUGAUUGUACAUGAACCUUUUUUUUCCGCAUACUAGUCGAUCGUUCUGUUUCAGGAUAAAACAAAAAUAAUACUAAUUACAAUUUCGGAAAAGA